AUGGCCGAGAGUGCCGAAGUGGACGUGCUGAAAGCAAAUGAUAAAUAUUGUACGCAUCAGCAGCACCGUUCAAGUAGUGCAGCAGCGCCGACCGAGUCGACGGCGGCCGCCAGCAGCAGCAGUGCCGCGAAUGCAAGCAUUACCAGCAAUACCACUAACAAUAAAAGCAGUAACUGCAUCCCGCAAACUACGACAACACAGCAGCAGCAGCGCCCACAACAUAAGGCAAUGUCCUCUGCUGGGCUAGGCGUGCAUUCUGCCGUCGCUGCUGCUGCUGCUGGUGCUGGUGAUGCAGCGGCGUGCAGUGGUGGCGGCCCGAGUGCUGACGAAUCAUCUUGUAACACUACGGUCGAUCCGCCUACUGCGACAAUACAAAAGACAGCAUCAAAAGAACCAUCAUCAUCGCCGCCGCCGCCGUCAUCCACUUCGUCAUCGGUGGUGGUGGUAGAGACGACGGCCACCGCCGCCAAUGUUGUGGACAGCAGCAGUGGGCAGCGCCAGCAGGCUGCGAAAAAUCACGUAGACCCGCCGCCGCAGCAGCAGCAGGCAGCAGCGGAAAUGGUGGCUAAAAAUAAUGAUAAAAGCUCAACCCCAGCUAAGGACAACAACAAUGCUAGCGGUGGCGGUGGUGGUGGAGGCGUCGGUGGCGACGGUGCCAUCCACAGUUCUGAUAAUGGUUUGUCCAAAAGCCACAAGAAGAAGAGUAAGAGUAAGGAUAAAGAACGCGAACGCGACCGCGAUAAGGAUUCGAAUUACAAUCAGGAUCGAAAACGACGCCGUACGGAGGACGAAACAUCAUCGAAUCCGAAAAUUGGCCCGAAUAAUCAACCGACUAGAGAAGGAGAAAGCAGCACUUCAAGCAACAAUCUUUCCACCGCCAGCAGCAACCGGCCAACAGUUACUGCCACCGCUACGGUGACGGUGAAUGGUGGUACCGUAACGAUGGCCACCAAUGGUUCCGCCGCCGCAUCAACAGUGUCCGCAGUACAAAGUAAAGAAAAUCAUCACCAACAUCAGCUGGCCGAAUUUGCCGCAGCCAAGCAGGCCGUGAAACGGGAACUGUCGAUCGAAACGAGCUCCUGUGUCGCACCGGUAGCGACCGCCAUCCUGAAGGCCGCCGGUUCCCCUUCAGCAGCAGCAGCAGCGGCCGCCGCAGCCGCCGUUGCAGCCGCGGCCGGCACACCGAUAUCGCCCAUCAAUUUGCUCCUGAACCUGGAGCGCAGCAAAAACGAGCAGACACAGAUGAAGAAGCAGGACGUGUUUAUCAAAAAAGAGUAUCUGCCGGCCAAGAGCAAGCUGAUAAAGGUGGAGAAAACGCGCGAAGACGUAACGAGGGUGCUAAACUUUGCCGGUGGCGACCCAGCAUCAGCACCGGCAGUGACAGCCGUGAUCGGUGGUGACGAAAUGGGGCAAUACGCUCCACUGAAUGGCGGCAUCCCGAGCCAGAUCAUCGCGGCACCAGAGAACGUCACCACCGACAUCAGCAGCAGCGCCAAUGGCGGUAGCCUUAUAUGCCUUGCAAACAGUACAGCCAAUAAUGUGACUAGCAACAACAGCAACCACAGUACAACUGCAUCCAACUGCAACCCACUAGCGAGUAAGACGAGUUCUAAUAUAUUGAUCAAAAUAGAAUCGCCGAAAAACAGCAACGACGACAAAGCAACCCUGCUCACCGUGAAGAAGGAAAAGACACAUCAGCACCCAGCGAACGACGCUGGUCUUGCCUUACCGACGCUGGCUGCGCCUACUGCUGUUGGGAUAGCUGAAGCUCCAUUCAAAACGGUGGCCGUCCCUCCAUCGGAGUGUGACACUCCGGGGAAGGUGAAAAAUGGCGAACCAAAUCCAUCGAAGCAGGCUGAGCACAAACCGGCUGUCAGUAGUGGUGGUGCUCCAAAUUCGAUUCCUUCUCACAGCAGUGGCCAGCAGAAGAGCAGCAGCAGUAGUGGUGGCCGCGAAUGCUCACGGUGCUACAAGCGGUCAAAAAUCAAACGUGCCAACAUUGGCAUUCAAUGUCGACGCGGCGGUGGCGGCAGUAGUGCUGGUGGUGCUGGGCCAACAACCACUGCACCACAGCCUGCUGCGACCGGCGUUUCGGCGUCCCGCAUUGGAUUGAUCAAUCGCAACGCCAACUGUGGUGGUUUGCGAACGAAACUGCUGGAAGGGCUAAAGUAUGGACGCUUUAUGCGGAUCGAAGUACACCCGAACGGUGGCGCUUCGGUGGUGCACAUGUACCAGGACGAGAUCGGCGUCCUAUCGGAGCCGGAAAUGGAAGAGCUGGUGCAAGAGUUUUUUCAGGUGGUGUUUGCCGAAGAUAAGGAUGGAUUCGCGCACCACGUCAUGGGGAUCGUGCACGAUGCGGCGGCCUAUCUGCCCGAUCUGCUCGAGCACAUGGCGGAGAACUACGCGAACCUGACGGUCAAGGCCGGUGUGCUGGGACGCAACUCGGACAUUGAAACGUGCACCAUGAGUCAGUACAAUGAACAGGUAGUGAAAAACUACUCUCAAGGUACCGUACGGUAUGGGCCGUUGCAUCAGAUCAGUCUGGUGGGAAAAGUGCACGAAGAAGUGGGCGGAUAUUUUCCCGAUCUCUUGAAGCGACUGGAGGACAACCCGUUUCUCAAUAAGGCCAUGCCAUGGGGUGAACUGUCUAUAGUGCAAAUGGAUCCGCGACUUUCGAACGAUGGGCCAAUUUUGUGGAUUCGGCCGGGCGAGCAGCUCGUGCCGACGGCGGACAUCAACAAAACGCCCUUGAAGCGCCAAAGGACUCGGAUAAAUGAGCUCAGAAACUUGCAGUACCUGCCGCGGUUGUCGGAGGCACGCGAAACGAUGAUCGAAGAUCGGACAAAGGCUCACGCGGAUCACGUGGGUCACGGGCACGAUCGAAUGACGACGGCGGCAGUGGGUGUUUUGAAAGCGGUGCGGUGCAACAUUACGGAUGAGCUGAAUCGGAUCACCAAAGAUGUGGUCGCUUUCGAUGCUCACUGCUUCCCGCAUCUGGUGGAGAAGCUACAGCUGGACCUGCACGAGCCACCGAUCUCGCAGUGUGUCCAGUGGGUGGAGGAUGCCAAGCUGAACCAGCUGAGGCGCGAAGGAAUCCGCUACUCGCGGAUAUCGCUGUACGACAACGACAUCUACUUUCUGCCCCGCAACAUCAUCCACCAGUUUCGCACGGUGACGGCCGUAACGAGCAUCGCGUGGCACCUGCGGCUGAAACAGUACUACCCCGAUCAGGACAUUGUGCAGGAGAUCGCGCACGGGUACGAGGUGGAUCCGCCGCACUACAAAGAAAAGCAAACGAUCCUGCCGCACCCGAUAUCGGUGGCCGAAGCCGAAAAGAAGCACACCCCGAUCAAGCGCACGCACGAUGGCCGGCCAAAGCUGAAGCCGGAAUCGGCCAAGAAGGACACACCACCACCGUUGGCGGCGACGGCGACGGCGGCACACUUUUCGUCGCCCAACUCGCGAUCCUCGGCGUCGGUGAUCGGCGACGAUAAGGCGGGAGACAAAUGCGGAGAUUCGCCCGGUGCGGAAAAGCUCUCGGCACAGGAGGCCAAAAUCGAUAUGCGAAAGCUGAUCCGUGAUGACAAAGCUUCCCCCGCUGGUCAACAGCCAUCCCCGUCAAAGGCAGCCACCGGGCCCGUGGCCGGGAGCGGUAAAAGCGUUUCGAAAAGCGUAAGCUCCUCUUCAUCCGACAAACAACAUCAUUCGGAUCGGACGGGGGGCAGCUCGAGUUCGGCAAAAGGCAGUUCCAAAGCACGUCACUCGAACAGUGACGAUCGUGACCGCAAUCGAGACCGGGAUCGGAAUCGCGAUCGGGACCGGAAAGAUCGGGACAAAAAGGACCGCGAUCACGAUCGGUACCGAGAGCAGCGGGAUCGUGAUCGAGGGCGAGACAAAGACAGGCGCAGUAGCAGCAGCAGCAGCAGUAAGCAUCAGUCAUCGUCAUCGUCCAGUCGAAAGCCGGCAUCUGCUUCGUCGUCAUCGUCCUCCUCUCGCCACAGGCAUCGUCACGGAACGGUGGGUGCACCGGACGAAGAAGGCACCCGGGGGGCCAGUGGGGGCCAGAAAUCGGCGUCGCACUCAGCAUCAUCUUCGCACAGUGGCAGUGCUAGUAGCAGCCGCCGAGAGUCUACCUCGAGUGUGACGCGCGACAAAGAACCGCAACCUUCGGAGGAACCACUGCCCAUGGUACCACCGGCCGGACUUGGAGGAGACAGUGAACCAAGCGAUGCCACAUCCUGCCGGUCUGCCGGUGGUGCCGUGGCUAAGGAAGGCACCGAAACGAAGGAUGAGGAACGCCUCGGGCACGAGAGCGAUGGCUGCGUCAACAAUUAUAAGACUGUGAUAAAUCGAAACCACUCGGACACGACGACGACGACGGAUCGGGGGAAGGAGUCGCUGGUCGCACCGCAGACCACCAUCAUCUCCACCACCACGACGGUCACCGAGGGCAGCAAUAAUGAUGAGGCGAAAGAUGUCCGUGUCGACGAGGGAAUGCCUUCUAAGCCUCCGAAGGCUGCAGUGCAACUGGAACCACCACCGCCGCCGCCAACGCAACCACCCCCACCACCACCGCUUCCGACAGAUUUACCUCAACCGCCGCCGCCGCUUUCUGCACCGCCUGGCUCAGUACCACCGCCGCCGCCGUCGCCACACCCGGCGGAACAUCCGGUGCCACCACCACCACCAGCAGCAUCGGUGGCCACCCGCAGCCAGCAGCGAGAAGCAGCAGAGGAUGCCUUAGACAUGAACUCAACACCAAAGUUGAAAGAAAGUAUUCACAACACGCAUAGCAAGAUGCACGGCAAUGGCGCAAAAACUAGCAAUAUCUGCGGGGCCGCCGUGGUCAAGAAAAGUGGUUCCGCUCCGGUUGCUGCUGCUGCUUCGGAUCAGCCGGAACCAAGAAGCCACAAGAAAUCGAGCGAUCUGUUGAGCACGAUAAUGGCCAGCAUGUCCGGCACAGUGCCCGCCCCGAGUAGAGGCGGUUCCAACAUUUAAUCAUUUGUUGGAAGAUUACUGCAAGCAAACAGAAUGCUGGCUCGAACUGUCCCAUUCGUUUUGGGUCUGUGAUUGGUGUGUCCCUAUCAAUCACACACACACAGUAUCAACCUUGUACAGUAUCAGCCUGCGGGGAGCUUUGUUGUGUUGGCUAUCCCCGAGUGACUGGAAUGCUUAAUAUUUUAAUUACCUACGGUACGGUGCAGUAUUUAUCGGUUUUACCAUGUAAAUUGUGUAAAUCUCCCCAAAACUACACCCAUGGUCAACACGCUGGAAUUUGGAUACAAAUUGCAUAGGCUUCGGUUUGUUGCUAUUUAGCGGUUCUUAUUACUGUAUUAUACGGAUUCGUCGGAAGGAUUGGCGAGAGUUUUACGGUUUUCAAUCCGUACUACAUGCUACCCCGCGGAUUCUGCUUUAUAAUUUAUGUAACUUAUGCGCACACAUCAUUUCUUGCUCCGUCGCCGUGGUAAAACGCCCAGUGUGUGAGAUUUUAACAAUAUAUAUAUAUACAUAUGGCUUUAUUGCCCCUCCGGAGCAAUGAUGUUAGUAGGAAAAACGAUUCA